AACCAAAACGAGGCGCGGAGCGCACCAAUGCCGGAAGUAAACAAGUUGAGGUUCUUUUAGAAAGAGUCGCGCGGUUCACGUGGUUUCAUGGCUGAUGUGCCGGAGGACGCCCCGCAGCACUGUCCCGGCACGGAGAGCAGUGAUGCGGGGAAGAGCUCGGCCUGUCAGGGGUGUCCCAACCAGGCAACAUGCGCCUCCGGGGCGGCGGCAGGACCGGACCCAGCAAUAGAAGAAAUCAAAGAAAAAAUGUCAUCCGUGAAACACAAGAUUCUGGUUCUCUCAGGAAAGGGAGGAGUUGGGAAAAGCACAUUUAGUGCACAUUUGGCUCAUGGCUUGGCGGAAGAGGAAGAUAAGCAGAUCGCUUUGCUUGAUGUGGACAUCUGUGGUCCAUCAAUUCCAAAAAUAAUGGGUCUAGAAGGCGAACCGGUUCACCAAAGCGGCUCUGGAUGGUCACCCGUUUAUGUAGAGGACAACCUGGCGGUGAUGUCUGUCGGCUUCUUGCUUGGUAGUCCAGAUGAUGCAGUUAUAUGGAGGGGCCCCAAGAAAAAUGGAAUGAUUAAGCAGUUUUUGAGAGAUGUAGACUGGGGAGAAGUGGAUUACCUGAUAGUAGAUACUCCUCCUGGUACCUCUGAUGAGCAUCUGUCAGUAGUGCAGUACCUUAGUGCGGCUCACAUUGAUGGCGCGGUCAUCAUCACUACUCCUCAGGAGGUAUCGCUCCAAGAUGUACGAAAGGAAAUAAAUUUUUGUCGCAAAGUGAAAUUGCCGAUUAUUGGAGUAGUAGAAAACAUGAGUGGUUUUAUCUGCCCAAAAUGCAAGAAUGAAUCUCAGAUUUUCCCUCCAACUACUGGGGGAGCGGAGAAAAUGUGCAGUGAUUUCGGCAUUCCCCUGCUGGGCAGGGUUCCCCUGGACCCAAAUAUAGGAAGGAGCUGUGACGCUGGCAAAUCCUUUUUUACUGAAAUUCCAGAUUCUCCAGCAACCUUGUCCUACAGAGCAAUAAUACAAAAAAUUCAAGACUUUUGUUCUCUGAGACCCUGACCGUGAGUUUCUUUGAGCAGGAACGGUACAGAGUAACUCCCCAAGUGAUUGUUUAAUAUUCCAGUUUCGGAAAUCUCUACAAGGACAACGUUAAAUCAUAUCAUUCGCUUUUUACUAUGUGACGGCUUCGUUUGAGUUUUCUCUUAAUUGGAAAAUGGCCACUAAGUAGAUGUCUGCUUCUAGACAUUGCUAUAUUGCUUAGAACAGACUGCCACUAUUUGAUGGAGAAUCUCCUGCAGUGAAAAUAAGAUCUGUUUUCUCACUGGACAAACAAGAUAAGAAGUCAAUCUGCUCACUUAAUAACAGGCAUAGAUGACAAGAAUCCUUUUAAAAAGUAAAAGCGUAAGAAUUGCAAGCCUACCAGACCCAAGAAAAAGAAAAGUUGAGUUUCACUGUGGUCAAUCAUUGUAUCCAGAAUAAAAAUAUUUAAUAAACCAAAAAAAAUCUGUAAUAUCUUUAUCUCUCUCUGCUAUGUUAUCCAGUAAGUGCAGAUAGGGCUCAGUUUAGACUUGUGAUCCAUGGUACAGUUCUGGUAUCCUCCACUAGGGGGUGAUAACUGAAGACAAUACCAUAUAUGAACUCAAAAAAUAAAAAUUUCCUGGACGGAACGCAGCUCAGCCGACCGAAACUGAUCUGUUAUGAUGUCGGCCCAACCACAGGUAUAAUGUCCUGUACUCAAAUGAUGCAGUGAGUACUGGAAUGUAGGCUCAGAAGUCACAGCAUUGUAAAUCACUAUGAUGCAUUGAGCUUGGGUCAGUCGUACAGUGUUCAGGUAUCAGGGUGAGUAUUUUGCCUCACGCUGACAUUAUUCUGAUACAUGAUUAUGAUAUCGGACCAUGUCCUAAAAUGAACACUGUACAGUCGAGCCAUGUUCAGAGACUGUUUGUUUUUCCUGGACCGCACACGGCCAUCUGAAAAGGCUCAUGCACACAAACAUAGAUUUUGUCCAUGUGCG